GUUGGGAAUGGAGCGAUACGAUUUCAAGGGUCACGUGACGCCGCGCGCACGCACACUUUCGGGACUUUGUCCCAAUACUUUUGUCCGUGUCCUUUCCGGUCGUGUCCAAAUACCGCGCGCACAUUUUGACAGGCCCUGUUCGUACGUGUCCCAAUACUUUUGUCGGAAGUGCUUUUUCUUGACUUUCCACGUUGUGUAGCUGUCCCAAUACUUUUGCACGUGAUGUUGAUAAAGUUUAUGCGGCUAGAAACAGGACCAAAAUGCGGUUGGUACAAAAGUAACCCGUGAAAAUGGCGCGCGUUUGUGGAACUCUCGCAGUCCUUCUGGUCCUGCUGACUUGCGGUUUUGAUCUGCCGUGCGAAACUUGUGCCAAUGAGCCGUUUGAUUGGCUGUAAUGAAGCGUGGGCGUGUCACCACAGGAGGUGUGUGUGUGUGUGUGUGUGUAAAAAGUGCAGUCACGUGAGUAGUUUUAUAACAACAGAGGAUAAAGAAUAUACGCCUCGAGUCAUCCGGAAGCCGCUUCCGUCCUGACCUCGCCGCAACGCCGUCAAAGUCAAGGUGCGGUCUUUGAGGAGAACGCGGCCCGGGACGACGAAGUGUUCCAGCUGGCCGUGUCGGACCUCAGCCUGAGCGACGACGUCCUGCAGAGUGAGAAGAUCACGCACUCCAUCAAACUCGUCGAACCCAACAACCCUUUCCAGGCUGUCCAAGAAGCCUGCGAGCUGAUGAACCAGGGCAUCCUGGCGCUGGUCACGUCGACAGGCUGCGCCUCGGCGGGCGCGCUGCAGUCGCUGACGGACGCCAUGCACAUCCCGCACCUGUACGUCCAGAGGAACGGCGGCGGCGCGCCCAGGACCGCCUGCCAGCUCGACCCGAGACCCGCAGGGCGUGGCUACACGCUGGCGGCCAGGCCGCCCGUCCGCCUCGACGACGUCAUGUUGACGCUGGUGGAGGAGCUGCGCUGGCAGAAGUUCAUCGUCUUCUACGACGUCGAGUACGACAUGCGAGGCCUUCAGGGCUUCCUGGACCGGGCGUGUCGAGAAGGCCUGGACGUUUCUCUGCAGCGGGUGGACAAGAACAUCAGUCAGGUGUUCAGCGACCUGUUCACGUCCAUGCGGACGGAGGAGCUGAACCGCUACCGCGACACGCUGCGCCGCGCCAUCCUGCUGCUCAGCCCGCGCGCCGCGCACACAUUCAUACAGCAGGCAGUGGAAACCAACCUGGCCUCUAAGGACAGUCACUGGGUGUUUGUCAACGAGGAAAUCAGCGACACAGAGAUCCUGGAGCUUACCCACAGCGCACUGGGGCGCAUGACGGUCGUCCGGCAGAUUUUCCCGCUGUGGAAGGACAGCGGCGCUCGAUGUAUGAGGAACAACCAUCGCAUCUCGUCGCUGCUGUGCGACCCUCAGGAAGGAUACCUGCGCAACCUGGAGGUAUCCAACCUGUACCUGUACGACAGCGUGCUGAUGUUAGCCAACGCCUUCUACAGGAAGCUGGAGGACAGGAAGUGGCACAGCAUGGCCAGUCUCAACUGCAUCAGAAAGUCUACCAAACCCUGGAAUGGAGGCUGGUCCAUGCUGGAGACCAUCCAGAAGGGCAACAUCACGGGUCUGACGGGCACCAUGGACUUCAAGGACGGCGGCGCCAACGCUCACGUCCACUUCGAGAUCCUCGGCUCCAGUUUCAGCGAGACCUUCGGCAAGGACGUCAAGAGGUUGGCCACGUGGGACGCGGUGCACGGCCUGAACGGCAGCCUGAAGGAGAGUCGCAUCGAGAGCGGCAUGCAGGGAGUCACCGUCAAAGUGGUCACCUUGCUGGAGGACCCGUUCGUGAUGGUGGCCGAGAACAUCCUAGGCCAGCCCAAACGCUACAAAGGCUUCUCCAUCGACGUGCUGGACGCGCUGGCCAGGACCCUGGGCUUCAAGUACGAGAUCUACCAGGUGUCCGACAGCAAAUACGGAUCUCAGCUUCCUAACGGCUCCUGGAACGGGAUGAUCGGCGACCUCAUCAACAAGAGAGCCGACCUGGCCGUGGCGGCCAUCACCAUCACGCCGGAGCGCGAGAACGUGGUGGACUUCAGCAAGCGCUACCUGGACUACAGCGUGGGCAUCCUGCUGAGGAAGCCCGAGGAGAAGGUCAACAUCUUCUCGCUCUUCGUGCCUUUCGACUUGGCCGUGUGGGCGUGCAUCGCCGCCGCCGUCCCGGUGGUGGGCGUCCUCAUCUUCCUGCUCAACAGGCUGCAGGCGCUGCGCUCGUCCGCCGCGCACAACGCGCCGCCCGGCCAGCCCGACAACGGAUCCGGAUCCUUGCACGGCGCCAUCUGGAUCGUCUACGGAGCCUUCGUGCAGCAAGGCGGUGACGGCGUGGCGGGCUCCAUGGCCCUGCGGAUCGUCAUGGGCAGCUGGUGGCUCUUCACGCUCAUCGUGUGCUCGUCAUACACGGCCAACCUGGCGGCGUACCUCACCGUGUCCCGCAUGGACCACGCCAUACGGUCGUUCCAGGACCUGUCGCGGCAGACGGACGUGGACUACGGCACGGUGAGGGACUCGGCCGUGUACGACUACUUCCGGAACAAAGGCACCAACCCUCUGGAGCAGGACGGCGCGUACGCCGAGCUGUGGCGGACCGUCAGCAAGAACGGCGGCCUGGACUACUGCGUGUCCAGCCCCUCGGAGGGCAUUCGCAAGGCCAAGAAGAGCGCGUACGCCUUCCUGUGGGACACGGCGGCGCUGGAGUACGCGGCGCUGACGGACGACGACUGCACCGUCACCGUGGCGGGCGGCGGCGGCGGCGGCAGCAGCAAAGGCUACGGCGUCGCCGUGCAGCACGGCAGCCCCUACAGGGACCUCUUCUCGCAAAAGAUCCUGGAGCUGCGGGAGAAGGGCGACCUGGACAUCCUGAAGCAGAAGUGGUGGCCCCGCACGGGCCGCUGCGACCCGGGCGGCGGCGGCGGCGCCGGCGCCCGCCCGGACGGCCGCUCGCUCAAGCUGCACAGCUUCGCCGGCGUCUUCUGCAUCCUGGCCGCCGGGAUGCUGCUGGCCUGCCUGGUGGCCGGCCUGGAGGCCUGGUGGAGCGGCGACGGCUGCCGCCGGGAGACGCCCAAAGAGGUCGCGAAGGAUUUCGGGCUGGCUUUGGUUUCGGGUCCGUUGACUUAUAAUGACUUUGCUCCGUCCGAGGGGAGGAGGGACAUUUGGACAGACAGAGGGACGGGCUGGCGGGAAGCGCAUGCCGCCGCCACAGGACAAGGAGGUGAACCUGGAGCAGGUGCAUCGGCGUAUGAACAGUCUUUUGGACGAGGACUUGGUCCACAAGCAGAUCCCCGGCCCCUCUAUCGAGAUCUCCGCGCUGGACGUCGGGAGCAUGCGGCCCACCCGGGCGGGCGUGAUGCCCCCGGGCCUCGCCGUGACCACCUUCCUGUCCAGGGAGGGGGGGCCGCCGCCGCCCCUGAGCCACCCUCACCUUGGGGGGACCCUAGGCAGGACGCUGCCGCCGCCCCAGCUCCCUGGCGACACCACGCUGCCGGCCCACCUCGCGGGCACCGUGCAGUGCAAGCACAGGGCGCCCAACGGGGGGCUCUUCCGGCAGAGCCCUGGCAAGGUGCCGCUCUACCAGGCGGGACCCGUGACCGCAGCCAUUGACGCCACCCACAGCACCUCCAUUUAGGCCUGCCGGCCUUUGCCAGUCACCGUGACGCAAGGGAGAUUUUUUUUUUUGUUUUUUUUUAGGUGCCGCUCUUGACUUUUCUGGUGUAAAUAACAAAAAGAACCACGGAGCAUAAAAUGUAUUUUGAAUAUUCUCCAUUUUUGAAGUUGCGUUCGAAAAAACACAACAAAACCAGAUAAAAAUGGAUUUAUAUCUCAAAUAUAAAGUAUAUACAGUAGCUACAUGAUAUGACAUGACAUUUUGACUGUUUUGUAAAUCUGGUUGGAAAUGAGACGAGGCAAAAUUCGUUGACUGUUUUGCCCAAGUGCCCCAAAAAAGCAAUGUCGCCAUCUGCUGCCCCACAUUCAUUUUUAACCUCACCGUCGUCAUGACAACCGUCACAAAUAAUCACCAUCGUUAUCUUUCAUCGAGGUUGUUUCAUUUCCUCCCCUAAGACAAAAUUCAAAAUUCAUUAGAUGCUAAAAUGUUUGAUUGGUCAGCGUUAUUGGAUCCCAGGUUGUGAUGCUCAGCACUGGUUGCCAUGACAACGCAGCCCCAAAACACACACACAAUUCCCCCCCCCCCCCCCCCCGCCUCCGUCUUUGGCUGCUUUGACUUCUCUUGUUGAAAAUGAAUGUGUCCUACGCGUGGGUUUGCCGAACAUGGACGACUCCUUCGGCACACGGCGCCCCCUGUGGCCCUGGAGGAAUGAAGGCCUUUAUUCACUUUUCAACAGAACACAUUUUUGAAGCACAAUAUUCUAUUAACGUCAUGUCGAUUUGAACAACUUUGAGGCCGUUUCGUCCUCCCGUGAAAUUCCCAACAUCUCUUUAGCAUUACGCUUCCAAAGUGUCGCCUUAUUUCAAUAUAUUAGGGAUCCAACCUUAAAAUACGCUGAACUAGUUUGUGAAAAUGUCCAUGAUUCUUGAUCCUUGGGCUAUUUCCACGAAAGCGUGCCACAGACACCUGGGAAGUGUUUGAAAUUAAAGUCGUAAAGGUGACAUUUAGCAAGGCUCCUUUGGUCCAUUACGCCUCGUGAAUCAAGUGCAACAAACACUCAGCGAGCGUUUUGGUCCCGCUCAAUAAAGCUGUCCCGACCUCCUCGCCGCAAUUUCCGCGCCUCGCUACUCGGCGUCCCCCCGGCCCUGGAAGUCCGUCAUUCCGGUCCCCAGAAGAACAUUAGUUCAAGCCCGCCGGGUGCUUUUCUUCACUGCCGCAAGCUGGAGAAGAUUUGCUUCGCUCGCUAAAUGUCUGUUUAGCUUCUCCGUUGUCAAGUCAAGUGGAACGCAGGCAACUGGACGCGUCGUGCUUUUUCAAGGUGGCCUUCGUUCAUAGCAAAUUCCACAUUUUAGGUGUGCGGUUUCCCUAUUUAUGUCUCGCCCGGCGGCGUUCUCGCGAGAGUCUUUGUUUGGCGCACCUGGGGGAUACGGUCAAUCGGACGGUCCCGGUCUCGUGCGCCGGGAAGACGCCGGCUUGUUCCUUUGCCUCAGGCCGUUCCCGUUUUUGCAUCUUGUCUCGCUCCUGGUUUUUAUUUUCAAUCUGCCCCUUUCUAUGUUUUUUUGUUUUUUGUUUUUUGUGAUAUUCCAAUUUUUUCGACCAAAGUUAGUUUUGGGCAUCUUUUUUUGCUCCACUCCUUUCUCAUUGUUAGGCCUGCUCCAUUUUCAAAACUUCAAAGAAUGUUUAUAUCUGACAGAACACACACAUGAAGAUAAAAAAAAUCAUUUUUGGCCGUACAGUGUGCUGCGCUGCGAUAAUCUCAACACGCACACACAAAAAGAUUGCGUUCCGCCACCGAUCUCGCAUCCAGUCCUGCGAGACAGAAAGGUCACAUGAUCUAACGUGAGCUAACAAAAACGAAGAGCAACAAACACUCCCGGCCGGCUACGUUGCGCCGAUGUUUCCCAAGUAGUUGGCGAAGGGACCGGAGGCGGGACGUUUGUAGAAUGGUGAUGUCGUCCAAAAAAAGACUUCGUAUCACCCGGGGAAGCCGCCAUCCGUCCGUUUUCUUUACCGCUUCUCCUCACGAGGGUCGCGGGCGUGCUGGAGCCCAUCCCGGCUAUCUUCGGGCAGGUCGCCCGCCAAUCGCGGGGGCAGACAGAAACAAACGACCGUCCGCACUCACGUUCGCACCUACGGGCAAUUUCGAGUCUUCAAUCAACGUAGCACGCAUGUUUUGGGAAUGUGGGAGGAAAGCGGAGCACCCGGAGAAAAGCCACGCAGGCACGGGCGGGGCCGGGAUUUGAACCCCGGUCGCGAAAUAUGACAUAGGGUAGGACGUGUUUGUUUGAGGGACGCCCACUUCCUCGUUCCUCGGUCAGGUCACUUCAUAAUUGGCUGCAUUUCGUUUGAUGUCACAAUUCACCGAGUCGUGACUCGUCAAGAUGUUUGGUUGUAAAUAUUGCGUCACGUGUGGGGAGUAGCUGGACCCAAGAGCGGGCGGAGGCAGAUGUGAAACGAUGAACGGUUGAUCGAGGAAAGGUUACGGAGGUGGUCCCGGAUGCGUUGGCAGGCGGCAGGAACGACGUGGGUCAGGAGGAGACGCGAGAGUUAAGCGACCUCGGUCGGGAAGGGACAAAAUCGGCACGAAAAGAGCCCGAUUGUCUUUGUGUGUAGCGUUUUCUGUCAUCUUCGGUGAGUUGGUCGGUAGGCACGGGCCAGUGGCGCAUUCUGAUGCUGUCACGGUAUUGCAACUACAGUUCUACAAUGUCUUUUUUUUUUUUUUUUUAAUGUUUGGGUAAAUAACUAUCUAUUGAAUUAUCUAUAUCUUCCAAGUGGCAAUUCUUUCGCCCCCGUUCAAGUUUGUCCCGGAGGCUCCGCUCGUCUUUUGCGUUCCGACGUCCGACUUUUAUUUAUCGACACGCUGCUUGGACUUUCUUAUCUUGAAUAAAGAAAUAUGUUUACAACA